AUGUCGGAAACAGUACCGAUCCCAGAGCCCUCUGGGCUGCCGUUUCUCGGCAACAUCAACGAGAUCGACCCUGAAUUUCCCCUGGGAUCCAUGAUCUCGCUUGCGGACCAGUAUGGUGAAAUUUACCGAUUGAGAUUUCCAGGACGUUCAGUUGUCCUGGUCUCGACACGGGAGCUGGUGAACGAGACUUGCGAUGAGAAGCGUUUCAAGAAGUCCGUGAAUCAGGCAUUAAGUCAAGUCAGAGCAGGCGUCCACGAUGGACUUUUCACAGCGAGGAUGGGCGAGGAGAGCUGGGGUAUCGCUCACCGCGUUCUCAUGCCCGCCUUCGGUCCCCUUUCGAUUCGCAACAUGUACGACGAAAUGCACGAUAUCGCCAGCCAGCUGGCAUUGAAAUGGGCGCGUUACGGCCCUGAAUCGGCAAUCAUAGUGACGGACGACUUCACGCGGUUGACGCUCGACACAUUGGCUUUGUGCUCAAUGGGAUACCGGUUCAACAGCUACUACUCGGCCGUUCUCCACCCCUUUAUCGAGGCCAUGGGCGACUUUUUGACCGAGGCCGGCAACAGGUCGCGUCGUCUGCCGCUACCCUCCAUGUUCUACAGCGCAAAGGACCAAAAGUUCCAGCAGGACAUCGACACCCUCAGAACCACAGCCAGAGAGGUUCUCGAGUCAAGAAAGGACGGGAAGAGCAAUCGCCGGGAUUUGCUCACGGCCAUGCUGGAGGGAGUCGACACGAAGACGGGGAAGAAGAUGACGGACGAGAGUAUCAUGGACAACUUGAUCACAUUCCUCAUCGCCGGUCACGAAACGACGUCAGGACUCUUGUCCUUCGCUUUCUACCAACUGCUGAAGCACCCCGAGGCGUACCGCAAGGCCCAGCAGGAGGUCGACGAUGUUGUCGGAAAGGGACAGAUCAAGGUCGACCACUUGUCCAAGCUGCCCUACAUCAACGGUGUUCUCCGCGAGACUCUGCGUGUCAACGCAACGAUCCCGGUCUUCACCGUCGAGGCCUUUGAGGAUACCGUGAUUGGUGGCAAGUACGCUGUGGGCGCUGGUGAGACCAUCAUGAACCUCCUCGCCAAGUCCCAGCUCGACCCCGCUGUCUUUGGCGAGGACGCCAACGAAUUCAAGCCCGAGCGCAUGAUGGAUGAGAACUUCAACCGCAUCACCAAGGAAUUCCCCAACUGCUGGAAGCCAUUCGGUAACGGCAUGAGAGGUUGCAUCGGUCGCCCCUUUGCCUGGCAAGAGGCUCUUUUGGUCAUGGUCAUGCUUCUCCAGAACUUCAACUUUGUGCUGGACCCCAACUACCACUUUGGUAUCAAGCAGACCCUCACCAUCAAGCCCAAGGAUAUGCACAUGCGCGCUAUCCUCCGCGACAACCUCACACCGACGACCCUGGAGCGUCGCCUGGCCGGUCUCGCUGAGCCCGAGAAGCAGGCCGAGCAGGCCAAGGCCAGCGGUGCUGCUGCCGGGGGCGAGACUGGAAUGCCGCUGACGAUCCUCUACGGAUCCAACAGCGGAACCUGCGAGGCUUUGGCGCAGCGCGUCGCCUCCGAUGCCGCCUCCCACGGCUUCCGCGCGACAAAGAUCGACUGCCUGGACAGCGCCAACGGCAGUCUGCCCACCGACCAGCCCGUCGUUAUCAUCACGGCAUCGUACGAGGGCCAACCUCCCGACAACGCUGGUCACUUUGUGGCUUGGAUCGAGGGACAGGACAAGGCCAAGGCGCCCCUCAAGGACGUCAACUAUGCCGUCUUUGGCUGCGGUCACAAGGAUUGGGUCCAGACUUUCCACCGCGUUCCCAUGUUGGUCGACACCACUCUCGAGCAGCUUGGUGCGACUCGCCUGGCCGAAGUCGGUCUGACGGAUGUUUCGAGCGGCGAGGUCUUCACUAACUUUGAGUCAUGGGAGGACGAUAUUCUUUGGCCCUCUUUGACCAACAAGUACAAGACGACCUCUGCAGAGGACACCAAGACCAAGGGCGUCGGCGUUGUCAUCAGCAACCCCAGAACCUCGAUCCUGCGCCAGGACGUCAAGGAGGCUACCGUCACCAAGACUGCGACGCUUACCAAGGGCAGCGACUCUAAGAGCAUCAAGAAGCACGUCGAGAUCAAGCUUCCCGAGGACAUGAUGUACACUGCGGGCGACUACCUUGCCGUUCUGCCCAUCAACCCCAAGGAGACUGUCCACCGCGCGAUGCGUCGUUUCCACAUCGCCCGUGAUGCCCACCUUAGCAUCAAGACUGACGGCCCUACGUCCCUCCCGGUCGAUACCUCCGUGCCCGCCAACGACCUCUUGAGCUCUUAUGUCGAGCUUUCGCAACCGGCUACGAGAAGAAACCUCCUUGCUCUCGCAGAGCAUGCCAAGGAUGAGACGACCAAGACUGAACUGAACCGUCUGUCCGGCGACGCCUACGCCGACGAAGUCAGCGGCAAGCGCGUCUCCGUCCUCGAUCUCCUCGAGCGCCACCCCUCAAUCGACCUCCCGAUUGGCGUCUUCCUGUCCAUGAUGCCGCCGAUGCGCAUCAGACAGUACUCCAUCUCCUCCUCGCCCAUGGCGUACCCCAACAACGUCACCCUGACCUUCUCCGUCCUCAACGAGCCUUCGCUCUCAGGCCAGGGCCCCUACAUCGGCGUCGCCUCCUCUUACCUCGACUCCCUCGCCGAGGGCGACAGCCUCCACAUCGCCAUCCGCCCCUCCCACGCCGCCUUCAGCCUCCCCUCUGACGCCGAGCACACGCCCAUGGUCUGCGUUGCCGCCGGCACCGGUCUCGCUCCCUUCCGCGGCUUCAUCCAGGAGCGCGCCACUAUGCUCGCAGCAGGCCGCACCCUCGCGCCUGCGCUGCUCUUCUUCGGAUGCCGCUCCCCCGAGCAGGACGAUCUGUACCGUGACGAGUUUGACAAGUGGGAAGAGAUGGGUGCCGUCUCUGUCCGUCGCGCUUACAGCCGGGAGUGCGAUAAGAGCGAGGGGUGCAAGCACGUGCAGGACCGCAUAUGGCAGGAUCGCGAGGAGCUCGUUGACCUGUGGAAGAAGGGUGCCAAGGCGUACGUUUGUGGCUCGCGCGGUGUGGCUGAGUCUGCCAAGGAGACUAUGCUCAAGAUCAAGGUUGAGAUGGAGAAGGCCAAGGGUGAGGAGACGGACGAGGAGAGCGUCAAGGAAUGGUUUGAGGCGCUGAGGAACAUCCGCUACGUGACGGAUGUGUUUGAUUAG